ACGCCAUGACAACUAAAGUAAAUAGUGUGAGGUGCAAGAUGUCAAUCGACAAAUGGAUUUGAUGUGGAAAAAGUUAGUUGAAGGUAGUGACAACCAGUCGGAUGGUUCCGUCAAUUCACUGCCUUCUUCUGUUCCAUCAAAAUAUGCUAAAUCUGGAAGCAGCUGGAUUCAAAACCAGCCUCAACAACACCAUUUUAUGAAUGACAUCCUGUCGUCAUAUUCUCCCUGUAACGACGAUGAAUUGGACAUCGAGUUGUAUUAUGGAUGUGAAGAUGGGCUAUUUAACUUAUGUGGACCUGACGACAAUGAAAUCGAACCCGAUGUCGUCCGAUGGAAAUGUAUUUCUAAACCCGGAGAGGGACUUCACGAAGAACUCAGGCAAAGGGCCCGCCAAGAGGAAUGUCUCACAACCCUUGGAGUUGGAACACCCGAGGAGAAGAUACCAGAAUAUGUUCAGAAAGCUAUUUAUAAAAGGAUGAGGCCAGCAACAUCCACCAACGGGACUCAAUCAGCGUCACCCAUGACCGAAUGUGGAUCACAGACUUAUUGGUCUGGCCUUAAAACCCGAGACGCCGCGUCACAGGCAGUAUUUAAACAAACCGUGGAUUGUGGUGUCCAGGCUAAACCUAUGACCGAAGAGUUCGGGACAAAUACAUCGCCAGUACGGAUACUAACGGACUCCGGGAUACGUAUGACCCCACCUCACCAGAGUGACCGACCUAGUUCAGGUGCCGAUAGCCUUGUGGAUCAUCAUCUGGUUGUUAAGUUGAACAGUAAUGAACCAGUUGUGGUAAAAAUUGGCGGCAAGGAUGUGCCGCUAAACGAGGAGGAAUCAGCCUUUGUGAAAAACCUUAUAAGAGAGGAGCUGAGAUUGGCAGGAGUCCGCACAGGGGAAUCUUCCGGAGACACUGGCCUGGCCCCUCAUGCCUCAGCGAUGGGACCAAUAAAUGUAUAUUAUGGGGAUUUUCAGCCCCAGAAAUGUGGUAGCGGCGACCUCCCGGGGCCAACUUGUCACGGGGCGGGACAAAACGUUGGUAGCAACACAGAAAAACGCCAGGAGUUCUUGCAGAAAUCAGAUAAAUGCAAGGCUGGACAGAUGUCGGAAGGGGAGGGAAUUAUCAGAUACCAUGCAGAACUACCAUUCCACAACCACAACGAGAAGUUCCUGUCAACGUCCUCUCCGUUCAGCAGGUUUGGGUACAACAACAUUGGUACUAUACCUCAAUCGCUAACAGAUAUUAGAAUUCCCGUGAUAUACCCCAAAGACGUCACACUCCAAAAAGGCCAAAACGGUACGGAAGUUCUGGGCAGAGGAAGCUUCGGCUGCGUCUACCUAGCAAAACACCAGCAGUGUCCGUUUGAUGUUUGCGUGAAAGAAUUUGAAAUGGAUUCCGCUACAAUUUACGACGUCUACCACGAGGCCAAACUUUUAAUUUAUCUGCAGACGACAAAAUUCGUGCCAUUCUGUCUUGGUCUCAUGGAGUCGCCUUUUGUCUCCAGCGACCUUUCGCUUAUCCAGGAGUGCUUUGCGCGGGGAUGCACCCUUAGAAUGUUGCUCGGGAAUAAGUCUGAAGUGUUUGUCAAGAGAAAGUGGAUAGCCAUAUGUUACCAGCUGUUCUGGGGCCUCAAAAUGAUUCACGAGAAACAGGUGUUGUUGAACGACAUCAAAAGUGACAACAUUUUGGUCGACUACAAUUCGAAUGACCAUAUGAACAAUAUCAGGUUCAUCGACCUUGGGCUCGCAUCGUACAGAAGAGGAUAUAAAUUCUGUAACGACCCAGCCUAUCUAGAACAGUUUGAGAACUACGCUCCGGAAAUACGUCAAGGAUAUCAUUCAACGCCAGCCUCGGAUCUGUACGCCGUCGGCUACUUGGUUGACAAGAUUUCCGAAACCUUCCAUAUCGUGGAGAUUGACCCUAUUGCUCAGGAAUGCACGGUAGAGGACCCCAAUGGCCGAUCGUCCUGUCACUCUGUUCUGGAAAAACUCGAAGACAUUAUGGAGACUGUGUAAAGAGGAUGUAUUUAUUUCCGUUCAACAAUGACGAAAGAUUUAGAUAUUCGAUCGGACUUGGCUGCUUAGCGACACUUAGGGCGAAGGGGGAUCACCCUGUGGACCACCUUCGGAAAUUCAUAAAAAUAUAAUGGAGGACGUUAAGAUUUUAAUGAGUUUUUAGCAAUUACAGAUAUUUCCAUCUACAAAAUAUAUAUUUGAGUAUGUUCAGAAUUUGGAGAAAACUCUAGGUAAUUUUUAAAAAUUCAGAUUUUUUAAAAAUGUUUUAAAUAUGGAUUUUUUAACGAUAUUUUUGUGU